AUGGCCGACUGGCUCCGCCGAGCCACGCACGACCUGGCACUGCGUGGAAACGCGAGUUGGUUCGGCCCCGGCUCGCGUAUUCAGAGCGGAGAGGCCUCGAUGCCAGAAGAUCGGCUUGCAGCCACCGAUGCAUCUGCAGGUGCUCAGUUUGUGGACGAUGCUGCUUCUUCAUGUACUGUCAGCACAUCAUCAUCGACGCAGCGUCGUGCGGAUGCUGCUGCACUGCAACGCCUUGCGCGGUUUUUUGGCGGUGAUGAUCUAAGUUCGCAAAGCUCGGCCGAUUUCAGCCCGUCCCGUGCAUCAUGCCGGCCUUGGUCGGCCUUCCGUGCUGCACGCAUGACGUGGUGUGGCAUUGCAGCGUACCUGAACCGAGCUGCACAGCGCUGCUUGGUGCCUGUCUGCCGAUCCAUUUGCCAUUAUUUGCAGGAUCCACGCCCGCGAUUGGACACCGUCUCCUGA